AUGGCCCCCCAACCAAAACAACCAUCACCACAAUCCUCAUCCCUUCCAACCUCAUCAGCACUCAAACCCCGCUCCUCCUCGCGGCCGCCACACGCCUUCAAGAACCGCAUGGCCCUCGGCGCCUACAUCGACGCCCCCGAAUCCUUCCCCCCCUCCGUCGUCAUCUACCACAACGCCGACUUCGUCGUCAUCCACGACCGCUUCCCCAAGGCCACGGUGCACAUCCUACUACUCCCGCGGUCCCCCCAACACAGACUCCUGCAUCCGUUCGAGGCCCUUCAAGAUGUCGAGUUUCUGGGUAAAGUGAGGGCUGAGACGGAGAGGCUCAAGGUGCUCGCUGCGGGGGAGCUGCAGAGACGGUUGGGCAGGUUCAGUCGGGCUGAUGCGAGGAGGGAGGCUGUUCUCAAUGGGGAGGAGGAGGAGGCGGACCUUCCACAGCUCCCCCGGGGAAGAAACUGGCUCGCCGAAAUCCGCUGCGGCGUCCACGCCGUGCCCAGCAUGGGCCACAUGCACGUCCACGUCUUCUCGCGCGACAUGCACUCGCCCUGCAUGAAGCACCGCAAGCACUACAACUCGUUCAACACGCCCUUUCUGGUGGACAUUGCCGACUUCCCGCUCGCGAGGGAGGACGUCGGGCGCGGGAGGGGGGACGCCAGGGAGCAGGGCUUCAUGAAGAGGGAUCUCGUGUGCUGGCGCUGCGGGAGGAAUUUCGGGAACCGCUUCAAGGAGCUCAAGGGGCAUCUUGAAGACGAGUUUGAGCAGUGGAAGAGGGAGUGA